GCGAUUUUUUGAUUGACUUCAACAGAUGUCUGUAUAGCUAUUGAACAUUGCACACAAAGUAUCGUAAGAAUGCCUCUGGAUCGUAGGCUUUCGGUGACCUCCUUGUCUGGACUAGAGGAGUGGGACGAGGAGUUUGACUUGGAGGAUGCAGUGCUUUUUGAGAUUGCAUGGGAGGUGGCGAAUAAAGUGGGGGGGAUCUACACUGUGAUCCAGACUAAGGCCCGUCUCACCUCAGAAGAGUGGGGAGAGAACUACUUCCUGGUGGGACCCUACACGGAGAGUAAUGUCAGAACGCAGGUGGAGCUUAUUGAGCCUACCAACCCUACCUUGAAGAGAACCAUCGACAAAAUGAAUGCCAGCGGGUGCAAGGUGUACUUUGGUCGCUGGCUGAUUGAGGGUAGCCCGUAUGUGGUGCUGAUCGACGUGGGCUUCACGGCCUGGUCACUGGACCGCUGGAAAAGCGAGCUGUGGGAUAACUGCGGGAUCGGGGUGCCCUGGUUUGACCGCGAGGCCAACGACGCUGUGCUGUUUGGAUUUCUGACCGCGUGGCUCCUGGGAGAGUAUGCAGCGCAAUGUGAGGACCCUCCCCACGUCCUGGCCCACUUUCACGAGUGGCUGGCAGGGGUGGGCCUGGUUCUGUGCCGGCAGAGACAGCUCCCUGUAGCCACCAUCUUCACCACCCACGCCACCCUGCUGGGCCGCUACCUAUGCGCUGGCAACGUAGACUUCUACAACAACCUCAGCGAGUUCAAUGUGGACAAGGAGGCCGGGGACCGGCAGAUCUACCACAGGUACUGCAUGGAGAGAGCUGCCGCCCGCUGUGCCCACGUCUUCACCACCGUCUCACAGAUCACUGCCAUCGAGGCCGAGGCCCUGCUCAAGAGGAAACCAGACAUAGUGACCCCGAACGGACUGAACGUGAAAAAGUUUUCAGCCAUGCACGAGUUCCAGAACCUGCAUGCCCAGAGCAAGGCUCGCAUUCAGGAGUUCAUCCGGGGACACUUCUAUGGACACCUGGAUUUUAAUCUGGACAAGUGUUUGUUCCUCUUCAUCGCUGGGAGAUACGAGUUCUCUAACAAAGGAGCCGACAUCUUUCUGGAGGCAUUGGCCCGACUCAACUAUCUUCUCAGGGUGAACCACAGUGAAGUCACCGUUAUAGCAUUCUUCAUCAUGCCAGCCAGGACAAACAACUUCAAUGUGGAAACGCUAAAGGGACAGGCAGUGCGAAAACAGCUCUGGGACACGGCACACACUGUGAAAGAGAAGUUUGGGAAGAAGCUGUAUGAAUCACUACUUGGGGGCCAGUUACCGGACGUGUCCAAGAUGCUGGAUAAGGAAGACUUCACCAUGAUGAAGAGGGCCAUAUUUGGGAGCCAGAGGCAAUGCCAGCCCCCCAUCUGUACCCACAACAUGCUGGAGGACAGCAAUGACCCCAUCCUCACCUGUAUCCGCAGGAUAGGCCUGUUCAACAGCUCUGCUGACAGAGUCAAGGUGAUCUUCCAUCCAGAGUUCCUUUCCUCCACCUCCCCCCUCCUACCCAUGGACUAUGAGGAGUUUGUGAGAGGCUGUCAUCUAGGAGUGUUCCCCUCUUACUAUGAGCCUUGGGGAUACACACCAGCGGAGUGCACAGUGAUGGGGAUUCCCUCCAUCUCCACCAACCUGUCAGGGUUUGGCUGCUUCAUGGAGGAGCACAUUGCAGAUCCAUCCGCAUACGGAAUCUACAUCCUGGACCGGCGGUACCGCAGUGUGGACGACUCCUGCAACCAGCUCACCUCCUUCCUGUUCCAGUUCUGCCAGCAGAGCCGGCGCCAGCGCAUCAUCCAGAGGAACCGCACGGAGAGGCUGAGCGAUCUGCUGGACUGGAGAUACCUGGGCCGGUAUUACAUUUCAGCUCGCCAUAUGGCCCUUUCAAAAACCUUCCCAGAUACCUACUGCUACGAGCCUCAUGACCCGACCUCUACACAGGGCUUCCGUUACCCCAGACCAGCAUCUGUGCCCCCAUCCCCCGCUCUGUCCCGCCACUCCUCCCCCCACCACAGCGAUGCUGAGGAAGAGGAUGAGGAGAGGUACGAUGAAGACCUGGAGGCGGAAAAGGACCGCGUCAACAUCCGGCAGCCGUUCACCGCCCCCUUGCGGAACAAGAACUCCCUGCCGUACUCGCUGCCCACCUCCAACAGCAACAGCAGCAGCAGCAGCCCCCCCAGCUCACUCUCCAGCGAGAAGAACUGAGCAUACACUCAAACACUCACACACACACACACAUACAGACAUAUACACAGCACACUCAAACACACAC